AUGGUCGGAAAAGUAGGCUUGGACGAAAAGAAGCGGCCUGCCGCAUUGAAUCUGACGCCAAAGCGAUCAAACUCCUCAGAUUCAUCCUCUACAGAUAGUUCACUCAAGAUUCCUCGAACACCUCGUUUCGCAGAAGCGACUUCUGUACACUCACCCGUUGAGAUGAAGAAGUCCCCAUUUGCCGACCCCGAGAAGGCUGGGGAGGGUGACUCGCAACCUGGUGUUGUUGGCUUUGGCUAUAUUGGCAAUCAUGAAUCCACAGCUGGCCCGAAAUCACCUCUUAAGAGCGCCAUGAAGGUACCAGGAACACCUGCGAGACAAUUUACCAACCCUCUAAGCCCAACAUUCCGCGAGGAGGACAUUUUGGAGAAGCGAGAGGCUUCGACCGACAAGGAGCAAGCCAAGGACAUUAAAAUCAAGACCCGUGUUCGUAUGGCCAAGUUUGCGCUCCGAGGCGUCAACUUUAGCUGCUCCUUGAUCAUCUUGUCCAUGCUCUCGGCUUCCUUUGCCAUCUUCAACUCCACCAAGUCUCUGGCCGCCGCCAGCAAAUUCACACCAUGGGCACCAAACACACAACAGACGGCCUGGCCGCAAAAGCUUACUCUCGCCAUGGCAUGUGUCUCUCUUGCCGCCUGCGUCUUUGUUUUCAUCGCAUACUGCCGAGGGGGUCACAACAGAGCCACCAAGGUCAACACAUACUACACAAUGUUUGCAAUUGGCUGGUUUAUCCUCAGUAUGCUCCUCUGGGUGGCCACCGCUGUCAUCUUCCAGCACAGCAAAAACAACAGCAACAACAAGGAUAUGUGGGGAUGGGCGUGCCUCAACAAUCAGCGUUCGCAAAUUUACUCAGAAAAAGUUGACUACGCGCUCGUCUGUCGCCUGCAAAACUGGACCCUGAUUUGCAUCAUCAUCGAGGUAGUCGUCGAGGUCAUCAGCAUCGCGCUCUACAGCAUCGUCUUCUAUCGAUUCUACUCCAAGCGCCGGCUGAUGAAGUCCAUGGACAUGCGAGACCGCGCACGUUCCGACCUCUACCUCGCCCAGCUGCGCACCCAAUCUGCUCCCAACACGCCUGGGUUUGGUCCCAAAUCACCGGCAUACUCUUCCUACUAUGGCCCCAAGUCCCCUGCCCUCAGCAACUACGCCAUGUCUCCUCGCCACCCACCCGCGGCGUACAGAAACCUCUCUGACAUCGACGAGAGCAGCCCCUUCACGCCGGGAGGCAAAGUCGCCGUUCCCCAAUCCCAGUUCGGCUCUCCCAACCCGAGCUUCAAGCUCCAAGCCCCUCCUUCAAAGGCACCAUCCGCCACUCCCAAGACCGUUCAGGCAGCAUUCUCACCGACCGCUGCAAGAGCGCCUUCACCAGAGAUUGAACCUCAGCACGCUCCAGCGGCGGCUGAUGAGCCGACGUACGAAUCUGUCCCUAUCCCUGGCGCGUAUGCCGGCCAGGCCGUGAAGAGCCCGCCGCCUAACCAAACGACGUUUGGGGUGGCUAGAUGA